ACGUCAAGACGGAUGAUCCAUCGGCCCACCUUCCUUUGAGCCUGCGGCGACUCCAAGGGUCCAUCGGCCCACCUUCCUUUGAGCUGCCCCAAGCCACAACGUAGAAGACUCCAAGGACCUCGUUUCCAGCACCCUCCAAGAUCCAUCCCCAUCGUCUCUAUAUUUCUCUCAAGAGAAAAUCCACUCUCUCUAUAUAACUCCCCCUUUUCUCUCUUCUUCUUCCAAGACCGAGUCAUUAUCUCUUCUUCUUCUUCUUCUUCUUCUUCUCACAAGAUCUGAUUUGGCUCUCUGAGAUGGCUGGAGAUAUGAAGAAGGUUGUGCUGAAAUUGGAGGUCCAUGAUGACAAGGCCAAGAAGAGGGCUAUGAAAGCAGUCUCCAGUCUCCAAGGGGUUGAUUCCCUUUCCAUGGACAUGAAAGAUAAGAAAUUGACGGUGAUCGGAGCUGUAGACCCGGUUGAUAUUGUAAAAAAGCUAAGGAAAUUCUGGUUCACCGAAAUCCUUUCGGUUGGGCCAGCCAAAGAUGAGAAGAAGAAAGAUGAGCCAAAGAAGGAGGAGAAGAAAGAGGAGCCAAAGAAGGAGGAGAAGAAGAAAGAUGUGAAUGAGCAAAUCGCUGAGCUUGUCAAAGCAUACCAGGCUUACAAUCCUCAUAUGACCACACACUACUAUGUGCAGAGUGCUGAGGAGAAUCCAAAUGCUUGUGUGAUCUGUUAAGGGCUGCUCUUAUUCCAAUGGAAGAAAUGUAUGCCCUAGUUCAAAGUCGCAUAAAAUGGACUCUAAAGAGUAGAGUAGAUAUGUAUAUUAGAUGGUGAGAACUAAGUUGGCAGUAUAUGAAUAGAGCUGAGUGGAUCUAUGCUUGUAAAAGGAGUUUUGGUAGUGAUUGUUCAAGAGUGUUUGUUUUUUUUUUUUGAUGAAAUUUACUUCCAUUCCUCUUCA